CACGCCACAACGAGCGCCCAUUCUCGUGACGUCACUAUCUUUGUUUACUACAAGCGAGGCGUUGCGGCCAGCUACCUCCGCCACAGUCUCGUCGAACCGCAGUGUAAAGACAUUCCUGUGUGAAUUUUAAUUGUUGUAAUUAACAAACGCGAAAUGAUGUCGGCAAACGGGCCUGCUGCUGGAGUCGACUGCACGGACGCGAGGCGAGGCGACGGCCAGGAACAGCCUGACGAGUCCUCGCCCGGCUCCAUGGAUGUGGAUGCCCAGGCUCAGGCAUACAGCUUCAGGUACAGCCUCAAGUUCCCCUGCAUAGGACAAUGCAUCGUCAUCAACAACAAGAACUUUGACAGACAAACAGGCAUGAAUCAACGCAACGGCACCGACGUGGACGCAGCUAAUGUGAUGCAAGUGUUCGCCAAGCUGGGGUAUAGAGUCAAAGUUUACAACGAUCAGACGGUGGCGCAGUUGAAACAAGUUUUGAUGGGAGUGUCAAAGGAGGAUCACAGCAGUUUUGCGUCGUUGGUUUGUGUUCUACUUAGCCACGGAGACGAAGGUAUCUUCUUCGGCACCGACGGCUCCAUCGAGCUCAAGAACCUCACGUCGCUUUUCAGGGGGGAUCGCUGCAAAUCUCUGGUGGGAAAGCCCAAACUUUUCUUCAUCCAGGCGUGCAGAGGCACUGAGCUGGAUGCAGGCAUCGAAACAGACAGCAUGGACGACGGCACCACUAAGAUCCCUGUGGAAGCAGACUUCAUGUACGCCUACUCCACAGCUCCAGGCUACUACUCCUGGAGGAACACCAUGACAGGCUCGUGGUUCAUCCAUUCGCUGUGCGAGAUGAUCGGCAAGUACGGCAAAGAGCUGGAGCUCCACCACAUCAUGACCCGAGUCAACCACAAGGUGGCGGUGGAGUUCGAGUCGGUGUCCAACGCUCCAGGGUUCGACGCCAGGAAGCAGAUCCCCUGCAUCGUGUCCAUGCUGACCAAGGAGAUGUAUUUUUCGCCUUGACACAUCAGCGACGGAGGGGUAAAAAUCUUAAUAGUGCUUUUGAAUAGGUUUUUUUUUUUUUACUUUACAUCUUGUUUUAUCGUACCUCAGCUCGCAUGUUCCUGUUUAAGUUGACACCAAAUUUGAUAUUAUUUGGUUCUUUGUUUAAUUCCUUUGCUGUUUUUGUUUUAACCAUUCAACCAAAUAAGCUCACUUAAUUGGCUGAUAAACAAUCAGACUUGUCAGUGUUUGCUGUUUACACAUUUCAGGGAGUUAUGAAGCCAUUAUUGGCCGCAGCAUUUUUACGUGUCUCAGAGAGAAAAAACAAGUAGCAAUCACAGGUGGGAUUUUCCGUGUCUGUCUCUUUACACUCCGAUUGCAUUUUGUGGAGAUACGAGCCGAAUCUCAUGUACAAUUGCAUGAAAAAAAAUCCUAAAUGUAAAAAUUUGUAGAAAAAAAUUAAAGGGGGUUGAAGUGGCCUUCAGUGGCUGCGGUUUGUGAUUUGUUUAAACAACGCACAAUUAGAUUUGUUUACAUUUUUUUUACUUGCAUCUUUACGUGAUGUUGCACUUUUUCAGACAAUAAAUGUGUGCUAAGUGUG